GGCAACUGUUGCGGGUGAGCGGAGGACAGGCAGUCGGUCUGCAAGGCGGAAACGAAGUCCUAACGAGACGAGAAAGUGCUGCUGGCGAACGAACCAGGACGGACCCGGCCGACAAGUGCCGAGCCUCCUCGUUGCUUUGUAAGUCGUUAGCAGUAGGUGAGUCGAGACUCGAGCUGUGAGACGCUUCUGCCUGGUCGACUGUCAAACUGGGUUGGUCGUCGUCAUCCCUCUCUCUCUCGACCUUUGUGAACCAGUGCAUCGCAACUCUCGUCAGCUGAGGUUUUCUACACGAAGCCGCCUUCCGUCGAUCCACCUCCGAUAACCGUCCCCUCGUAAGUCCGAUCUUCCGAAUGCCGACCCUGAUCAGGUGAAGCCGUGGCACAGCAUGUCGGCCGCCGUCUGCAGGCUCUGCCUCAACACCAACGAGGUCCUUCCGAUUUUCGACGAGGACGGCAACCAGAACGACGACGUUUCGCAGAAAAUAUUCGAUUGUGUCGCCAUUCAGGUUUCCAAGGACAACGUCCUACCAACUGUAAUAUGCGCAGACUGCUUAGGAAGUGUGAAUACCUGGUAUCUCUUCAAGCAGAAAUGCCACCAAACACAAGCCCAACUUCUCUCUAUGUUCAAAAAAGAGCUCGGUGAAGACUUGAGCCAUGAAAACGUGAGAGUGAACGGCAAUGCAAGCCCUGCCGGCAAACGUCCAACUGAAGUCGUUUACCUUUCGGAUACCGAUGAUGAGUGCGACGCUGACAACGAUGUCACUUGCCUCUCACCGGCGGCUGUUUCAAUUAUCAGUCUGAACGAUGAUGAGGCUUCUUUUCAAGGGGUGGAAGAUGCCGAGAAAGUUAAUAAAAUCCCUGAAAAAGCAAAAGAAAACGAUGAAAAUGAUCAGGCCGAAUUGGUAAAUUCAAAAAAUUCCGUUGAUCGCCAGCCAGUCGAGUCCGGUCAUUCAAAUGAUUCUAAUGUUGACAAGGAUAAUCGUAUAAAUAGCAAUGCAACCGAGGAAAUGGUCGUCAAAACUAUGGGUGAUGAACAAAGCCUUGUCAACGGUCAAGACCCAAGUUGUGUCGAUGUAAGAAAAAAAGACAAUAUGCAUGAUGUGCUGGUUGAUCCAGAUGAAAAGACUGAAAUGUCCGAUACCUCCAUUGAACCAAAUAUUGACGAUAUUGUUUCUGAUAUGCUUGAGUUAAACAGAAAAAGCAUGAGAGAAGAAAAGGGCAAUAAUUGUUAUUCUGAUAGCAAAGGUGACUCUCCAACAGAAAAAGAAGAUAGUGCAGAGCCCAUGGAGACAGAAGAAAUUUCAUCUUCUGUUGAGAUGAAUAAAAUCCAGAAAGACUCUGAAACAUCCGAUAAGUCCGAAGAGCUAAUCAGUGAGGAUAAAAGUGAUGAAAAUGCUAAAGAUACAAAUGAAUCCAAUGUCACUUCUACAAUCCAAAGCUCGAAUUUACAAAACACUGAUCGGUCUAAUAGUGUUGACCUUGCAAAUCAACAGAAAGAAUUUCAGAACCUUUCGAUGAUACGCAUUGAAUCUACAGUAUCCAUAUCUUAUGACGCCUUUGACGAUUCAGAGAAACGUGGUGAAAUCACUGAGAAUUCAGAUAAACAGAAUACCCAAUCAUGUGCCAAAGAUAAUAGCGAAGAACAAUCAAAUGUGAAUCCAUCAGUAGAAGAAACUCCGCUGGUAUCGACUAGCGAACAAGAAACUGAGGAUGCAUUCGAUGAGGGUCAUGCCGAUGAAAGCGUUUCGGUUAUAUCAGAUGAAAGCACAACAGCAGAGAUAAACCCCCAAGACAAACAAGCACCAGACUCGACUGUCAUAACUCCUGAAAACACUACAAUUGAUCUGCCAGUGCCUGCCGCAUGCAUUAAACAAGAGCCGGUUGAUCCAGAAUAUGCUGCUGCCGAAGAAUUCAGAUCUGUUCAAAUAAAGAGUGAGCCUAUUUCAGGUGACGAGCAAGAAACCAAUGCUGACAGUGAAGGUGUCCAAGACCAAGUCGACGAUCCCAACCUUGAUAUGGGAAAUAAAAGUUGUUUGAUUUGCAAGUACAGAUUCACAACGUGCCAGAGUCUAAUUAGACACGGUAAAACAAAAGCUCACCAGGCCAUGUUAUUAUCAGGAAUCAAACGUGAAGGGAAUAUCACCAUUCAUCCCAAAUCGUUACUUAAGCAAGCUUUAAUAAGGAAAAGGAGGCGAAAAGGGCCGUUUUAUCGACCUAAAAGAUAUGUCUGUAAGGAGUGUAAUGUCGUGUUCAGUUCUUCGUCUUCUCUUGCAAGGCAUAAUCGUUGUCACGAUAAACUAAAAUUACGCGUCAAUUGUGAAAUGACAGAUGAUCCUCUAGAUGUCGAACCUGAAACAUCUGAUGAGAUGAUUCCUGACAUUAAGCAUCUCGCUGAUGAAAGAGAUUACAUUUGUCCUAUGCCUAACUGUAACUAUUCUUGCAAAGAAGGAGCAACUCUUCUGACUCAUAUGACAUCUCAUGGUAUUAAUAAGAUCAAAAAUCAAAAUCUACCAAAAUCGUCUCCGAGUCAGGUAGUCCCAAAAGUCGAAAUGAAGGAAUAUCGAUGUGAUUACCACGAUGUCGUGUUUUACGAUAGAAGAGGGUAUGGAAAUCAUUUGCGCACUUGUAAAUUUGGAGUUCCUUUGCCGAGAGAAACACCAGAAAAUAGCUCUCCUAAAUAUUUCUGUUGUAAGCUUUGUAACUUGAAAUUUGCCAGCAAAGAAGUUCAUCUAAACCAUUUGAGAGUAUAUCAUAGAGGUCCGCUUCCUGAAAAUGCUCAGACUCAACAGCAGCAAAUCCAGAAGGCUAGUUUUCUCGCUAGAGCUUCUCAGUUGAAAAACAGGCGACAGAACGCCUAUUGUUGUAAAACUUGUGGAAAGAAAUUCAAUUUUCUCUAUUCUCUCAAUUAUCAUUUGAAAUCCCAUCAGCAAGUGACAACCUCAGCUGCACCGCAAGUUACAACAUGCAAGAUAUGCAAAAAGUCAUUUCAAACGUAUAAAGUGUAUAGAGUUCAUAUAAAAUCUCACUUCCUUCCACCUGGCUCCAGAAAAUUGUUUUGCAGUAAAUGUUUCAAAAUAUUUGAUACGAGAAGUGAGAUUGGGCUGCAUAGGUCGAGAGGCCAGUGCAAGGUGAUAAACAAACUUAAAAUAUUUACUUGCUCAGUUUGUAAUACUUCUUUCAAAGAACAGGAAGAGUUAAACAGACACAAAGAAAAUGAUUGCAUUCCUCCAUCAGCCGGCAGUUCAAAUUCUCCUUGGCUGCCUACAAAUGAAGAAACGAAUACGUGCAACCUUUGCAAUAAGAGCUUUUCCAAUUUUGCAAAUCUUAAACGUCAUUGUAUGAUGGUGCAUAGAAUGAGCCAGCCAGCUUUCCAAACGAUCGUUGUGAACUACCCAAAAGAAGACAACGAAUCUGAGACAGAUGUGAAAGUCACAGUUAAACAAGAAGUGGACGAAACGAAAGAUGAAAAUGUCCAGGACGCCCAGAGUGCCCAGAACCCUCAGAGUGAAGAAAUGUUUUCAUGCAAUUAUUGCGACAAAUCCUUUAGAUUGCAGAGAAUCCUAACAUUACAUUUGAACAAUUUCUGUAGAAAUUCGCCCAACAGACCGAAGUGCGGUCAUUGUGGGAUGUUUGUUACUAAAAAAGGUUGUGAAGGCUGCGCAAAAUCGAAUGAGGCAGCCAUGAACCAAAACGAACAAUAUUACAUGGGCAUGUCGUCAAUGGGAGAACACCCUCUUCAAGCUAUAGCGGGCAGUUCUUCAUCGGCAGAAACUCAGUUGUAUUCUUGCCCUAUUGGAAAAAUGUCAUUUACAAACGAAAAAUCAAUGCUUCGACACUACAGCUACUGCAAUGGUGAAUGUACUAAUGUAAUUAAUUGUAGUAAUUGUGGAAAAGGUUUUAAAACUCUCAAGUUUUUAGAAACUCAUACUUGCAUUAAAAAUAAGAAGCCUUACAGAUACAACUGCAUUAAAUGUAUGAGAUCGUUUUCAAGGAAGAACUAUCUUGUUAAUCAUGAGUCUAAAUGCAUAGGGUAUUCGCUCGAUGAUGGACCACUGGAUCAAUCUUCUCUAGUCGAUAUAAAACCAAAUAUUACAAACUCCCCCAAACUUGAUCAGACGCCUGUUUCAAGUACUACUGAUGUGUUCCGUUGUGACCUUUGUCCGAAAGUGUUCCAAUCUCUCAAGGGCAUCGCGGGUCACAAAUGGGUUCACAAGCCGAGAAACAAGCUGAACAGAGUGCAAACUUUUGAAUGCAAGUUUUGUAUGAAAGACAACAUCAUACUCAGCCAGUUGUAUCCUCACAAUUACAAAUGUAUAAGGGCGGUCUUGAUGAGUCAAGAUUUCACGUCUUGCCCCGAUUGCGACUCUUUUUUCAGUAGGGAAGAUGGAUCGAAGGAAUUAGCUGCAAAAGUGCAAAACCAUGUUAUUAUGUGUUACAGAAUUCCUUAUUAUAAAAAUCAAGAUCAGAGCGAAAAUUCUCCCAAGUUACUUUGUUGCUACUGUGGCUAUGCGUUCUCGUCUGUCGAAUCGUUAACAGCUCACAAAACCGAACAUAUGAGGAUGAAAAAGAUGAAAACGAUGACCCAAGUAAGACCGAGAAAGAAGAUAAAAACAAACAACAGCCAGGCUUUGGGUGUGCAUUUUCUCGAUAACUUCAUCGAGGAGGAAGUCCCGCAAGACGAUGAAUCUCAAAUUGAGGAAGUGGACGGAGCAGAAUACAUGGAAUAUGAACAGACUGAUGAUUAUACUGAUUCUUCGAUCAGCGAUCAACCUUAUAAUUGUAGUGUUUGUAGUAGACAAUUCUCGGAUGUUGAUAAAUUGAUAAACCAUGAGAAAGUACACGGGAUAGUACAAAAAACUAUGCAAGACGAAAUUGAAAUGUUAAAUUGAGCUGUAAAUAUUUGUACUAUUCAUUUGUUUAUAUUAAAAGAAAAUUCUUUUUUUUUUCUGUGUGUUAAAAUCUUGUAUGUUGUACUACACACUCUUUGUAUAUACGCCAUAUUUUAUAUGAUUAAAAAGGCCCAUAAAUUCACGCACUGGGUUUUGAUCAUUAGCAACAUAAUUAAACAGUGUAUGAAGUAAUAUAUAUAUAUAAAGAUCAAUUAAAUUACUUAUUGUUUCAUGUAUAUGUAGUUAAUAAUAUAUUUUGAUUGUGAAUUAAUUCAAGAAACUACAAAUAUACUGUAAGACAUAUAUUAAAAAAUAAA